AUGGGAAAUAUUGUACUAAGUGAAACUGAGACUCGUUUAAACAAAGGCUAGCGAGUGAUAUUCUAUGACAAAUUUAGGAAUUUGUGCAAGGACCAAUCUCAUGAAAAAUUCUACAAAUAUAUCACUAAGAGGACUCUGUAGGAGAUAAUGCCGUUUGGAAUAUCCAGUACCAACUAAAUUUUUUCAGCAUAUGACCCGAAUGGCAGAGUCCUAUUCAAAAUGGUGGAUUGGAAGAACAAAAAUGCUAUGAAGUUGGAAGAACUGCAUGAAUUAUUCAAAUGGACUAUCAAGGGCUUGGGCAGAGUUUGCUAAAAUAUUACCCCAAAGGCUAAAAGCAUCUAACUUGUUUCUUAUAAAGCCUUCAACUCUGCGGACUCAGAUGGCAGCAAUACUCUUGAUAUAAGUGAAAUGAGAAACUGGAUCGAGUUGAAUUAAUACUUUAUAAACUACUGCAAGAAAUUCGAGAAAUUCCCUCCAUUUAAUAUCGAAGAAUUUACUGAUGAUGUCCUUGAAACACAAUCAGAUAUGCAAAUGAUUAAUAAAGGCACUUUUUCAUCAAUGAGCAGGCUGCUCCAGAGUUCAAAGGAAGUCAAGCAAAAAGUUAUCAAAAGUACUUAAUAGAUCUAAAGUCUUAAAAUGUUUAGUUAGAAGGAUGCCAGUAAUUAGCCCAGCCAUGUUCAUAUGCUAAAUCAAAUGAAGCAAUUUUUCAUUAACAAGAUAUAAAGCAAUCCAACCUCUCCACAGAAAAGCCCGAUUAGGCAAGACAAAGUGAAUCUUUAGCUUAAGAAACAGAUCGUCAUGCCAAAGCUUAAAGCCUUUGAGAAUAAAUUUGAAUGCAUUGUUAAGAAGAGUUUGGCACUAGAUGACUUUGAGUUUCGCAUUCAGCAACAAAAGGCAGAUGAAUAUCAAAGACAGUUUACGCCCUUGAAUCAAUAUAUGGAGCAAGUCAAAGAAGAGAAACAAAAGGAGAAACUUCGCAAGAUAAACAAAAUGAAAGAGGUCCUUGAAUUUAAAGAGCGACAAGCUGUAAUGAACCUCGAGGCAUUCUAAGUUUUCAAGCAGCAAGUGUCUUAGAAACAUAGUGUUUAAUAAAAUCCUCCCAAAAUGUCUUAAUCGUCAUAAAGGGUUGGAAAGAAGGGAAUUGAGACGGACAGAACUUAAACAUAACAAAGGCAAAGAUUUGGAAGGAAACCCACUCUGUUCAAGAAUAGCUCAAUGAAUACUCUCAUUCCUCAGAAUCUAAUCGUAGACUCAUCUAUCAGACACAUGGGAUUAUUGACAUUAGAGGAUUUUAACGAAUAGAAAAAGAGAAUUCUAGCCAACAACUAUAUAAAUUUGAGAGGCAAGGUUUACAGCAAGAAAUGGAUUUAGUGGAUGAAAAAAUGCUAUGAUCUGAUGGACGAAACUAAAAGGGGCUAUAUAACUGUGGACGAUUACACUGAGUUCUCAUAAAAAUUCCCUGCUUUAAAGAAAGUCUCGAAUUCUUUGUUCAAUCACUUUGAUAUUAAUGGAAUGGGUAAAGUUACAUUUGAAGACAUGUUGAUAUCAAUGAUUCCUGGUGCAACAGAGCAUGAUCUGAAUAAAAUGAUAAGCUGGGUAAAUAUGAUGUAUGUUAAGAAGCCAGACAAAAAGUCUUACCAGGAUGUUGUAAGCGAUCUAGAUAACUUCCAUCGCAAUUCAUUCAAAGAGGAUUCACUGAAGGCUGAUGACAAUGACUUUGAAGAAAGUCUUAGCUCAUUAGAUUCUAUACCCUCUAAAAGAUCUAAAUUCAACAGUUCUAAUCAUAAAUCUUCAAGACACACUAGAAGGUUCAGCCUAGGUUCUUUUAAUAAAAAGCCUAAAGAACCUUAUCUUGACAAAAAUAUGAGUGAAGGAUAAGCAAAGCAUCCAGCAGUCUAGCUUGGACCUAAUGGCCUCCCACUAGCUUUUAUAAAUCAAGAAAUGAUCCUGGAAUUCAGAAACAUCUUUGAACUCUAUGAUGACAAGAAGAAGGGCUAUCUGUCGAGAGCGGAGUUCAUCAAAUCACUUUCAGGACUCUAUGAUCUGGAAAAAAUCAUAGCCAUUCUAAAAGCUUGUGGCUUCGAAAAUGAAAGAUAGAUUACCAUCGGCCAGUUCAUACAAAUGGUCAAACCUGAUCAUAUUGUGGUGCCUUAGGCUGUGAUAGAGAAUUUGAAUGAGAUGUAUAAGGACAAGUUUUAAACUAGAGUGACUCUUGUUAAAAAGCUCAGUCCAGCACUGCGUAAAUCCCUAAUGAAAUAUAAUAGUUUUGGUUCGCUUAUCGUGAACAUGAACGAUUGA